ACCGCUCAUCCCAGUUGCUAGUGCACUUCAAAAGGCUCCUUUGCACGUUUUCGCUGUCUACGUCGAAACGUGACUAGGUUCUGGCCUGCUUCAACGCCAGUGAAUCAGUCGACAUCCAGACUCGACUUUGAUCACAAGUCGCCAAUCCUGUCGCUCUGAACGUUCGUCUCCAAGAAAACUCGCGACUAACAAUCAUGAAACUGUCUUGGAAGCAAGGUCUGAGCGCUUGGGCAGCUAUGAGUUGUUCACUACUUUUAGCUGCAUGGCUCAAUUACUAUCUGAGCGACAAUGGCUUCAUUAAAGAACCAAAUCAGACUUACGAUUAUAUCGUUGUGGGAGCUGGAACAUCCGGAUGCGUCCUGGCCGCCAAAUUGGCAGGGUCCAACAGUAAAGUCCUGGUGAUUGAAGCAGGAGGCGAACCACCUUGGUACAGUUGGAUUCCUCUCAUCGCGCCAAUCCUUCAAGGAUCCCAACACGACUGGCGAUUCCGCACUGUUCCGCAAAAAUUCGCAGCUGGAGCCCUUCACGGCAACCAAGCCUUCUGGCCUCAGGGGAAAAUGGUUGGUGGGAGUGGCCAGAUGAAUUUCCUUAUUCACACAACUGGAUCACCUGGAGAUUUCGAUUCCUGGAAAGUUCCUGGUUGGGAUUCACAAACAAUGAAAAACACUUUAGAAGGUCUAACCUGCUGGACAAAAGGCAAUGUAAAACCAAAACCAUUUGGGACUCGACCCUCUUUUCUACUAGACGAUGAACCUGAGAUGUGCAGUGUCCCCGUGUUGACAGACAUAGAAAAUUCAACUUCUUGCAGCGAUAAAAUGCAACAUCACCAGUGUUCGUCAGCUGCCAUUAAGUUACAGCGUGUUAAUGCCACCGAAAAACCACUGCUCAAGGCUUUCCUUGACGCUGGACGGGCCUGCGGACAUUCUGUUUCCGAUAUGGAUCGAUGGAGUGACGCGGGAUCUUUCAUGGCCUCACAUAAUACUAUUGACGGAUUGGCUGGCCAGCGCUGGAGUACUUACCUAAGCCAUUUAAUGCCGGCAAUGAAGACUCAUAAUAACUUGCACGUCUUAACAAAGUCCUCCGUCACCAAACUGGUGUGGAAGCGAAACAAGGUUAUUGGGAUCCAAUAUCUCGAUAAUGACGGCCGGAUUAAGCACGUCAAAGCAACCAGGGAAGUUAUACUCUCAGCUGGAACUAUUAAAACCACUCAGAUACUUCAACAGUCUGGCGUCGGUCCACCCCACGUCCUAGAACCGUUAGACAUACCUAUUAAAGCUGAUCUUCCAGUGGGUGAAAAUCUACAAGAUCAUCUUCAAGUCCCUCUUUUUGUCGAGCUCAAUUCAUCUGUGAGCAUGAACGUGAUCAAGAUGCUGAAUCCUCGACAAUUUUGGAAUUACAUGGUUCAUGGCAAAGGAGCUCUAGCGACAUCUGGAAUUGAAGGGAUCGCUACACUAACUAAGACAAGGGAAAAUGGAAAAUCUUCAAAACCUUAUGGCAUGUUGAUUCUUUUUAACAUGGGCUCGAUCAACGCUGACGUCUACACAUCUGUGGCCAACAUCAAGAAAGAGGCUUUCCAUCGUUGGUUUCCCAAGAGCAGUAGUCUGUCUCAAGAAGGAUUUGUUCUCAUUUCGGUUUGUCUUCAUCCACGCUCACGCGGACAUGUCAGGAUAAUUUCCACUGAUCCUACCCAACCACCCGAAAUCGAUCCAGCAUACCUUAACCAUGAAUACGACGUACAAUGCAGCAUCGACACUAUUAAACAAGGAGUCGAGCUGCUAAAUACGGAUGCGUUUAGAGCAUUGGGGGCUAAACUACACUGGCCCACGUUUCCUGAAUGUGGAGGCAAACAAGGGAGUGAUAAUCAGCGUUACAUGGAAUGUCUUGUACGUACGGCCGCGUUGACUAUGUACCAUCCGGCCGGAACAGCUGCAAUGGGGAGAGAGGAUAAUCCCGAUGCCGUGGUGGAUCCUGAGCUCAGAGUACGAGGAGUGACGGGUUUGAGAGUUGUUGAUGCCAGCGUACUUCCUCGUUUACCUUCCGGCCCACCAAACUCGGUCUUGAUAGCCAUAGCAGACAGAGCGGCCGAUUUUAUUUUAGAGGAAAAGAUUAAUAUAAGGAAAUAAGGUGCAAUGUAUGACUGGAUUAUUCUCUAUAAUACAACAUUUAAAUUUCGUUUCAACAUGAAA